UUUUUGUCCAGUCCCAUCCUACCAAGCAAACAUGUAGUUAGUAUAAUAGGCCAUCACUCAUCUUCAUCUCCAACCCAAGGCUUCUUUUCCAAGAAACCCUAGCCAAUAUUGACAGGAGACGUUCGCACUGUAAUCAGGGAGCGGUCAUAUGAUUGAUCGUUGAUUUCAACGGUGACAGGCUCUUAUACUUCUCCGGUUUAGUUUUUUCAUCAAUAUUGGAACGAAAAUGCCGCUGACCAGGAGUAACAAACGGAAAUUGAUGUUGGAGGAAAACAAUGAUAAAGCUCCCGAAAAGUCGAAAGUGCCCAACAAUGAGCUGAGUCAAAAGCCGAAGGAGGGAACUGCCCCAUUGAGAAGCCUUGAAAAUCCCUGGCGAGGGCGGAUGGCUCGUUAUUAUUCGAGGAGAAGCCAGCUUAUAACCCCCGAGGAAGGGGGCCAAGUGAUGAAAUAUUUAACUGGAAAGGAGAUAGCAGAGUCUGCAUUAUGCGAAUACAACAACAAACACGGAACCGACUUGGAGUUUGUGAGGGUUUUGGACGGCAAGGAAACGCUUAUCAUUGGCCCCGGUUGUCGUCUUGACUUUGCCGACGGUCGUCGUGUUUGGAGACAUUUGAAUAUUGAGGCCAAGCGAUGCAGUGCGGGUCCUGGUGAUGAAAAACCGCUUCUUUUAUUUGUUGAAUCAAUUAGAACUAGAGGAAGAUAUCAUCUGUCUACACUGUCACUUAUUGCGCCUACAGAUAAGUGCAGUGUGGCCAGUGAUCCUAAGUUAUUGUCUGAAGAUGAUGCUGUCAAAUUGUCACAAUUUGCAUUGAAGGACUACAAUGAGGAACAUGGAACAAACUUGAAGUUUGAAAGGGCUUUCGGAUGCAACAGUUUUACUUGUGCUGGUCGUUUAAUGGACUUCACCGAGAAGAGUACACGUUGGGUGCAUGUGAACUUUGAAGCAAUGGUGGGUGAGAGUUGCAUGGAAAGAAUACGCCUUAUGUUUGCCGAGCUCUAUUUAGGGAAUGAUGACAAAUAUGUGCUUGCUACAUUGUUACCCGCGGAGCCUAAAGAACAUCGGGAGAAGACAAAUGGAUGUUGGCGAGAUGGUUACCCAGAGAGUGAAUGCGCCAUUUGCCCGGACGAGAUCCGUCAUCCGUGGCGUGCUUAUCGUUAUGGUUUCAAUUAUCCGCUCCAAACGGUGCCGCGGCCUGUGCCCAGUAGGAAAUCAUUAAGUGAGGAAAACCAGGAUAAAACUUCUGAAAAGUCGAAAUUGCCCUAUAAUGAGUUGAGUCAAAAGCCAAACGAGGGAACAGCCCUAUUGGGAAACCUUAAAAAGCCCCUGCUACGGCGGAUACCUCGUUAUUCUUCGAAAGGAAGCCAGCCUGUAACCCCUGAGGAAGUGGGCCAAGUGAGGCAAUGUUUAACUGGAAAGGGGAUAGCAGAGUUUGCAUUAUGCAAAUACAACAACAGACAUGGAACCGACUUGGAGCUUGUGAGGGUUUUGGAUGGCAAGGAAAGGUUCAUGGCUGGUGGCCCUGGUUGUCUUCUUGACUUUGCCAAUGGUCGCGCUAUUUGGAGACAUUUGAAUAUUGAGGCCAGGCGGCGCAGUGUGGAUCCAGAUGAUGAAAACUCACUUCUUUUGUUUGUUGAAUCAAUUAUAACUUCAAAAACACAUGAUAUUCCAACACUGUUGCUUGUUGCGCCUACAGAUAAGUGUAAUGCCACUAUACGACUUUGUGUUGCUGAGUCACCUUUUUUAUUCGUAUCUGUUAUUGUGGCCAGUGAUCCUAAGCUAUUGUCGGAAAAUGAUGCUGUCAAAUUGUCACAAUUUGCAUUGAAGGACUACAAUGAGAAACAUGGAACAAAGUUGAAGUUUGAAAGGGCUUUCGGAUGCAACAGUUUUACUUGUGCUGGUCGUUUAAUGGACUUUACUGAGAAGAGUACACGUUGGGUGCAUGUGAACUUUGAGGCAAUGGUGGGUGAGGGUAGCAGGGAAAGAAUACGCCUUAUGUUUGCGGAGCUCUAUUUAGGGAAUGAUGACCAAUACGUGCUUGCUACAUUGUUACCUGCGGAGCCUAAAGAACAUCGGGAGAAGACGAAUGGAUGUUGGCGAGAUGGUUACCCAGAGAGUGAAUGCGCCAUUUGCCCGGACGAGAUCCGUCAUCCGUGGCGUGCUUAUCGUUAUGGUUUCAAUUAUCCGCCCCGAAAGGUGCCGUGGCCUGUGCCGUCCCGUAGUGUAAUGCAUUUAUAAUGGCUGCUCUCGUUAUUUUGUAGCUUUUGUGUGUAAGUGGUGUUUAUGCCUCAACAAACUUGGAAAACUUUCGUUUGAGAGCUUUAUUCCCUAUAAAUAUGGAAGUUGGACGAGAUAUUGUAAACUAGCUUCACUAUUUUGCUUUUCUCAGUAGUGUGUUUUAAAUUUGUUAUGCACUCAGUGUCAUAGUGCAUUAGGAGUGUCGUG